UGACAAAGCCAGAGUAGGGGGAAACCUAAAGGGAGAAAUAUCCGCAAGUACUUCAUAAACACGCUUUAAAAUACCGACCUACAUUUGCGUUAGAAAGAGAUUGAUGCGUAAUCUAGUAAGACGCUAAAUGACAAAGAGAUUUGUGGAGUGAGAGCAUAAAGUUUAGCUACCAGACUGCGCUGCUGGUUUUUAAACACAACUCCAGGUGCAUCACAGUAAUCCCCCUCCAAUCCCCGGAACCCUGUCGGUCCUGUGUGGUCAUGACGCAGUGCCGCUUCACCGCAAGUGCCCUUAUUCUACUGGUCGUCCUGUUAGGACUCACAAUAACCCUCCCACUGGCCACCUCCAUUCCAGUGGCAACCGAGUCACCAGGCCUCAGUGAGAGCUCUUCCCCUCCCCCUCCUGAGCUUAAGCUGCCCGAGGGAGAGAGAGACCAGAGGGAAGGGAGGGAGGGCGGACCUCCACGGAGAGAGAGAGCAGAGGGAAGGGCGGACGAGGACGAUGAGCUUUUCGGAAAUAUGGACCCCAAAAUGUUGGCUGCCGUUCUGCUGGAAGCAAUGAAUAAGCCGCACAUGGAGAGGAUGCCCGGAACUGUGGGGGAUGGGAGGAAGGAGGAGAGAGGAGAGGAAGAGAAUGGGGGAGAAGUACAAGAGGACGAGGAGACGAAGGGAGAGGAGGUGAGAGCUGCACUGGAUGAGGAAGGAGCGGACCGAGACAGGGAUGGUCGCGAGGAACUUGAGCUGGCGAUGGCAGCCGCUGCGGUGAAGGGAAAGGAGGAGCAAGAGAGGGAGGAGGAAGAGGAGAGGAAGAGAGCACAGGAGGAGGAGGACAGACUAACAGAGAAGGUGUCUAGUCGUACCACCAGCCAGAUGGUUCCUGUAAAGGAGAAACAACCUCCGGCAGAAGGAGCAGUGGAGGUGGGAGUCGGUAAGGAGGUGGGGGCCAGGGAGGAGGCACAAAAGGGACCUCCAAUUUCACAACAGACCCAGCAAGCAGAGGAAGAGGAGCAGCUUAGCCCAGAAGAAGUGCAGAACCUUCAAUCCAUGCUUGAAGAACUCCAAAACUACAAUACAGCCAAUAAGAGAGAGAGGGAUUCACAAGCUCAGGAACAGAGAGAUAGAGAGAGCAGGGGCUACAGCCAAGAUGAACCUAAAGCAAAGGGAUACCCACUAGCCAUGUCCAAGAAGAAGCUCAAAUGGCAGGAGGAGACUCAGAAAGCUCUGAGCAUGCCCACCUACCGAGGAGGUAACUUCAUGGACGAUUUCAACAAUAAUCUGGAUCUCCCAGUGGAAGAUGAGGAUGAGGUGCUGAGCCCCCAGGAAGAAGAGAGGAGAGCAAAGGAGGAACAAGAGGAGGUGAGGAGGCAAGCGGCAGAGGCGCAAAGAGCCAAAGUUGAGGAAGAGAAGUUGGCGGACAUUGCCUCGGACAUGCUCCUGCAAUACAUGGUCAAACAAGACAAAGGGAAGUAUUCGGAUCAGAAGAAGCCCCUGCUGUCCAACGCUGCCGAGGACAAGCGGUCAGAUGAGGAUGAGGUCAGCGAGGACGAUGACAUUGAUCCUCAGACCAUCGAUAAAUUGAUUGAGAUCUCCAGUAAGCUUCACCUCCCUGCGGAUGACGUCGUCGACAUCAUCAGCGAUGUAGAGAAGAAGAAGAAAAAGGACGCUCCCGAAACAAUUCCCUGGCAACGAUUCCAGCAACGACCUCUUGUUUCCCUGGAAACCCCAGCCGUUGACACCCAGCCUUCGGCUCCCCGUUACCCCACUCUGAAGCAGCCUCCGACAGCCAUCAACCCCCUAAAAGCUUGGUUCAAGGACAAAUCUUCAAUCAAACCUGCGAAACAAGACCAAAACCUUUGGAUCAAACCUCAGCAGAUGUCUCCACGGACCUCAUCUUCCUACAGUUACCCUACCUAUCCCUUCUACCAACAGAAGCCCUACCAAGGCUACUACCCCAUUUACUUCACCCUACCCAAGCCCAAAACCCGCUUCUAUGCGAAACCUUCCGUCUCAUUCAACAACCUCCUGUCCAAUUCCCUGUACUAUGACUUUGACUUUCCUCCCAAGAGGAGGUAUCGUCCCUGGGUGCAGCCCCGCCUGAGGAAUCCACCAGCGGCACUCAGGCGUAACCUGCUCUACCCCAACUACCUCCUCCCCCCACGCCACCGGACAUACAACCCCCUACCCGUCCCUGUUCCCGUGCCCAAACCUCGCUCUUCUCCUCUCAGGCCUCCCAUUCAGAUACAGCCUCGCCACCGGCACGGCUACUAUUACCAAGCGCCCGCAGCGCCUCUGGUGACCCGGGACCAAGAUUAUUAUGGUAUGGGGCAGCAGCAGCAGGACAGCAACGAAGACCUGGAGAACUACAUUCAGCAGGUUGUCAUGAAACCCAGGCCAAGAAUGUUUCAGUGAAGGGAGAGGAAAGAGAGUAAAAGAGGUAACAGGGAGGGAGGGAGGAAGAAAAAAAAGGAGGGAACUAUGGAUUUCCCCCCCCCCCCAUCGUUUACUUUUGGUUUUCUUUUUUCGUCUUGAUCGGACUCUUUUUAAUGUACAGUGUAACAGGAAGAGAAACAGAAAAAUUACAGUUGCCUUUAUUCUUUUUGUCUGUAUCAAGUAAAAGGGAAAUGAUUGACGCACACAUCCAUUCAUUCCCCCUCCCCGUAGGAAAGUGUCGUGAGAAAAGUAGGCAUGUUUUCCAAAAUGACAGGAGGCGGGGCACAAAACCAACCGCACAUAGAACUACAGAAUAUACAGAACUCUUCCCUGGAUCUCCCUAAGUAUGUUCUAUGUAGUGUCACCACGUCAUUCUGGAAUACUGGAACAUGACGGUGCAUUUUCAUCAUUCAGAGGACAGUAAACAUUGAAGGUGAUUAUUAAAUGGCACCCAGUUCUCUAUGUAGUGUGGUAAUUGGGCUUUGGUCAUAAGUAGUGCGCUACAUAGUGAUUAGGCUGCCAAAUGGAACAGACAGACAUUCAUGUUCACAAUCUGGAAAUCAAACAAGAGACUUGUAGUUGUCAACAAAUACACAGAUGUUCGAGUUUGGAAGCAAAGUGUGCUGUCAAAAGCGCUUCUAUUUUUAAAAAACAAGCCGUCGCUAUUGGAUAAGAGGCCCUAAUGGACACAAAGCCUUACCAAUCAGUGUUUGUUUCAUUGCAUUUACUUUAUAAUUUCUGUUGUGUCAUUGUAGAAAAUGAAACUUGCAAAAAAUAUGGAAUUGCACUUUUUCCAGAACUCACAUAUACAAGCAGUUAUUCUCAAAGACUGAGAACGACUCAUCGUAUUGCAUUGAUAUCAUUGAUGAGAAUGUUCCAAACCUUACACAGAUGCAGCCAGGGCUGUCACUAUUUAUUUAUCAACUGUGUAACUUUAUUUUCUGUCAUUCUACCAUUAUUUCCUGCCACUUUGUUUUUUUAAUUUUUACUCAAUGUUGUUUACUUAAUGACCUUUGUAUUAUUUGUGAUGUACUUGUGAUAUACUUUUUUUUUUUUACUACAAAGCAGUGCUAAAAUGUACACAUUCAUACAUUCCAAAUAUUUGUAAGACAAUGAGGUUUUAAAGAAAAGAUACUCAAAAUACUGUUUUAUAUUGCCUUAUUACUAAUUUUUCCCUCAUCUUGCUAAGAACGCUUUUGACUUUGUAAAGGGAACUGAAUUGAGUGAAGCCCUUGAAGAAUGUAACAUGGCAUUGUAAUCUAAAUUCCAUUUGAUCUCAAAUCCAUUCAGGGGAAUUAUACAGAGUUCUUCAUAAAUUGAAACAUUGUGGUCUUUUUCAGUGAAACGGAAUUGAGUUGGAAUGGAAUCUCACUUGCUACCGAUGAACUAGUGAUAUAUACAAUAUGAGAUGAGAAUAGGGUAAAAACUAAAAUUGUUUAAGGAUUUUCACUCUGUGCUGCUGUAAAGAAACCAAUGUGUCUGAGCUUUUGCCUUUAAAGGCAGCAAAGGACUAGGAUUUGCUAAGGCGAAGGGAUUUGCGAGGGGAUUAAUAUCUAAUCAUUUACAAAACGUAACUCUUUCAAUAUUUCCUUGUAAAUGAAACCAUAACAAAAUUCCCAUUUUGUCCCCCUCAUGUCUUUAACUAACCAUGAGGCAGUCUCAAAGCCGAGACAGGUCAUUGCUUCCCAAAUGACAACCUAUGAUGAAGAGUGCAAUUUGGAAAGCACCUGUUCAAUUAAACACAUCAGAGAAAAUCUCUGUGUCAUUUUCUCAAAAUAGGCCCCCUAUUGCCUGUCUAGGGUUCUUCCCUUGGCCCGUGGUCAAACUGAGUGCACUAUAUCAGGAAUAAUGUGACAUUUAAAAAUGUAACCUUAGGACAGUUUUAGUUCACUAAGCUGAGCUCAUUGCAUUUGACAUUAAAGCGUGUCCACUAGAUACAAUUAACACUGAUCAAAGGGGACAGAAUCACUUCUUUAAACCUCCUUUAAUACUCAAUACUAAAGUGAUAUACAUUCUGUAGGUAAGAGAGACAGACUGAAAGAGACAGAGAGCAAGAGAAAGAUGGUACAGAAGAUCAUGAAAGGGGGAGGGUAUACCUAAAACAUCACUUCAACCUUUAAACAGAUUAGCUUUUUGUUAUUGUGUUUUUUAGAAACAUAUUUUAUCAAGGGAGAGGGAGGGAAAAAGAAAGGGAUUGAAUGAAAGGGGGGAGAGAGAGACAAGACUGUCUACUGCACGUUUCUGUGUACCUGCAUCUAAAAUGUGUUGCUUCUCUUUGAUGAACUGAACAAGCAUUAAAAAACGUAUAAAAAAACAAAACCUAAAAGAAGUUAAAGAUAACUUUGUAGACGUACCAGAAAAAAAGCUACUUGGAGUCUUGUACAAGGAUGUUAUUCUGAUCUGUGUGCUUUAUUUCUAGAUGCACCUUGUACCUAUAUCGUAAUAAACAUGUGUAUUGCUGAUUGUAAAUAACGCAUGUAUCCAUGACGACUAGUUUUGCUACACAGAGAGAAAUCAGUAAAAUAAACUAUUUUUUAUU